UAUUUAUUUAAUAAUUGAAAAUGUAACUGCCUUUUAACUUGCGUAUCUAUCUGAAAUUAACCACCCAAUAAAAAACAAGAACCUACAAUUAGCGCCAUCUAGUUUCAUAAAAGGUAACAAACUAACGUGCGUGUUCUAUUUAUAGAUUUCCAAGUGUUGAGGAUUGUAAAAAACAUCGUUGUCCAGCAGACGACGUGUGCUGAUACAUUGAUGAUGAUGAAGAAAUAUACGCUAUAGUUCUUGACGUUUUUAUUAGCAGCCUUUGUAGGUUGGCUAGCUAUUAGAGUAUGUUUAACCUCGGAUCUUGAAGUCGCCAGGCGAAUGAUUUUGUAACAAAAGCAAAGCAUUUUGAUGAAUAGAAAACUCUGAUUAGAAUGUCAUCAGCCUUUUUGUCAUUGGCUAAUCUUCACUAAAACAAGUUUAGAGAGGCACAGGAAUUAUAAAAACUUUAAAGACGAUUUAGUCCUUGUUAUCAAACAGUCAAGAAGGAUGAUGAUGAUAACAAUGAAACAAGACAUGCAGAAGACAUAGAUUUUUGGGAGGAAGACAUCAUCAAGUUCUCCGGAGCGUGUCACUCGCGUCCUCCAACGCGGCUGGUAAAUAAGAUAAUCGUAGUCUAGGGCUGACACCUAAAAGAACCUGUAUAAAGCAAGCAGUUUUUAAGAAAGCGAAUUCAAAUAUUUAGUUUGGUCCAGGUGAAAAAUCAAAUCUUUGUAGAAACGAAUUUGCUAAUCAUAAUCGGUAUUAAAUCAAAUAGAAUUGUAUGGAUGAUUUUUACUCGCUUCUGUCGUGGGGGACUUUCUGCACAUGAUAAAGAGUAGUUAGCUUUUUUCUGUUCCUGAAAUACCAACUAUCUCGAUGCCAAGUUCGAACCAAGCUUAUUUGAUUUAGCCGUUUUAUUAUCAAUACGUAACAAAAAUCCCUAUUUCCAUAAACGUCCAUUAUAAUAAAUAAGUGGGAUUUUAUUUACAAGCCCCUCCAUGGCAACCAUUUAUGAAUGCCUUUGCUCUGAUACUGCCAACCCUAUGUCUAGUCCUAUCGUAUCAUUCGUCGUUCCCCACAGUGUAGUCCUAACGUUGCAUUUCGUACAAUCGUUACACUAAAUGUUCAAGUGUAGUGUACCAUGUUCAAGUGUUUGUAACUGUGAUAAUUAAUAUUAAUUAUGUUGAUAGAAAUCCCGGAGCUCAGGAGAUGUUGCUUCUGCUUGCCGCUCAGACGUGGCAUUCUAGUGUUUGGAUAUCUUAGUUUGCUAGUGACCUGUCUCUUCGGGAUCCUGCAACUGGUACUAUGGCUGUUCUACCGCGAUUUCGAGAGCACGUUCUCCACCACCGCGGCGUUGUACCGUGGCGUCAUCAUGGAAGCUCAGCUGUGUGUCAUCUUCAUACUGUACGCUUUGGAUAUCAUCUUCCAUGUGAUUCUUAUUGUUGGGGCUCAUUUGAAGCGGCGCCGUCUCCUCCGAGUUUACUACUACUACGAGCUGACCACGAUGGUGGCUACCUUCAUCGUGGUGGUGAUCACGUACAUAGACCUCGACAGAUUCCCGCGGUGGAACUUCGUUGUCACUGAGUUCGCGUUGGCUUUCACUGGCUUUGUGUUACAGAUAUACCUCCUCCUCCUGGUGAGGAGUGAGCUGAAGAAGGACCGCUACCAGGAGGGCCGGUCCAGUUACACCAACCACAUCGCUGAGGUGUUCAUAGACCCGCCUCUACGACGACAGUGGAGGGCUAUACUGUAGUACUAAUAAAUCAAGGGUAUAUUUUAA